AUGGAGGAAAUCGCCAAGGAGUACGAUGUCAUCGUGUUGGGCACCGGUCUCACCGAGUGUAUCCUUUCCGGUGUCUUGAGUGUCAAGGGCCGAAAGGUUCUGCACAUUGACCGCAACGACCACUACGGAGGGUAUGCUUCUCCCCCCUGGCCCCUGGCUGCUACCACGUCGACCUGGCACCACCACUUCAAGGCAACUGUUACUGACGACUUAUUCUAUAGAGAGGCUGCUUCCGUUAACAUCGAGACGCUUUUCAAGAAGUACGGCCGUGUUGCCGCUGGCGAGAAGCCAUGGGAGAAGUACGGCCGCGUCAACGACUGGAACAUUGAUCUUGUUCCCAAGCUGCUCAUGUCAUCUGGCGAGCUGACCAACAUCCUCGUCUCUACCGAUGUUACCCGAUACCUGGAGUUCAAGCAGGUUGCCGGCAGCUACGUCCAGCAGGGCGCUGGCUCCAAGGCCACCGUUGCCAAGGUCCCCUCAGAUGCCGCUGAGGCCCUCAAGUCACCCCUCAUGGGUCUCUUUGAGAAGCGCCGCAUGAAGUCUUUCAUUGAGUGGGUUGGCACCUUUGAUGCCAAGGACCCGGCCACCCACAAGGGUCUUGAUCUGAACACCUGCACCAUGAAGGAUGUCUAUGACAAGUUUGGCCUUGAGGAUGCUACCAAGGACUUCAUUGGCCACUCUAUGGCUCUGUACCUGACUGAUGACUACAUCACCGCCCCUGGCCAGGCUCCUGAUGCCAUUGAGCGCAUCCGCCUGUACGGCAACUCCGUUGCUCGAUACGGAAAGUCUCCUUACAUCUACCCCCUGUACGGCCUUGGCGAGCUUCCCCAGGGCUUUGCUCGUCUGUCCGCCAUCUACGGUGGUACUUACAUGCUCAACACCAACAUUGAUGAGAUCCUGUACGAGGGUGACAAGGCUGUUGGCAUCAAGGCCACCAUGACCGGUGUUGAGGAGAUGAAGUUUGAGACCAAGGCCAAGAUCAUCCUUGGUGACCCCUCAUACUUCCCCGGCAAGACCAAGGUUGUCGGCCACGUGCUGAGGGCCAUUUGCAUCCUGAAGCAUCCCCUUGCUGGCACCAACGACAGCGACUCUGCCCAGAUCAUCAUCCCCCAGUCCCAGGUCGGCCGAAAGAACGACAUCUACAUUGCCUGCGUCUCAUCGGCCCACAACGUCUGCCCCAAGGGAUACUGGGUUGCCAUUGUCUCCACCAUUGCCGAGACCACUGCCAACCACCACCUCGAGCUCCAGCCCGGUCUGGACCGCCUUGGUGCUAUUGAGGAGCAGUUCAUGGGAGCUCCCAUCCCCAUUUCUGAGCCUCUUGAGAAUGGCACCAAGGACAACAUCUUCAUCUCCAAGAGCUACGAUGCCACCAGCCACUUUGAGACAACAACAGAUGACGUCAAGGACAUUUACCAGCGUGCUACCGGCGAGGAGCUCAAGGUUGAAGGUCUAAGGGAGGGUAUCAACGUUGCGGAGGAGUAA